UUCACUGGCCAAAGCCUAAAUGUGGUCUCUGUAUUGGUGCCGGAUGACGCAGAACAAUGAAGGAGUGGCCCACCGAGAGAUGGUGGUUUCUGGUCAAUGAUCCAACGAUCUCCGGAUAAAAAGAGGAUUCUAGUUCUAGGCGCCCUGUCCCCAAAUCUUGAACUAGUCUCAGUGGAAUGGCUGCUUAUUCACUCAUUUCAGCUCUAUUCCAUUCCUCUGCAACUACUGCUACUCCAACUUCCUCUCGAUCUCCAACUAAGAAAUCUAACAAGUUUUCUCUCUCUAAGUCUUUCUAUCUCCAUAAAACCCCUAAUUGCUCUUCUCCCGUCCUCUGUGUCUACAACGAUGGUCACAGACACGGUCUCUCCACUGAUGACAUAAAGCUUUCAUUAUUCAAUAAAUUCUUCGUCACUAGUAAUCCUCUCUCGUCUGCCCUAGAUUCUCUUGCCGUCCUAUGUACUUCUCUCGCUCUCUCGUUCUCUCUCUUCAUCGCCGAUGUGGAUUCAGCUGCCGCCUUUGUCGUCACCACUCCUCGGAAACUGCAGACCGAUGAGCUCGCUACUGUUCGACUCUUCCAGGAGAAUACUCCCUCUGUCGUCUACAUUACUAACCUCGCCGCAAGGCAGGAUGCUUUCACGUUGGACGUGUUGGAGGUACCGCAAGGAUCUGGGUCGGGCUUUGUUUGGGAUAAAGAUGGUCACAUUGUUACAAAUUAUCAUGUAAUUCGUGGUGCGUCUGAUCUCAGGGUCACCCUUGCUGACCAGUCAACUUAUGAGGCAAAAGUUGUUGGAUUUGACCAAGACAAGGAUGUUGCUGUCUUGCGCAUUGAUGCACCAGAAGAGAAACUGAGACCCAUACCUGUUGGUGUCUCUGCAGAUUUACUUGUUGGUCAGAAAGUAUACGCCAUUGGAAAUCCUUUUGGACUUGAUCAUACACUUACAACUGGUGUUAUCAGUGGACUUCGCAGAGAAAUCAGCUCAGCUGCAACAGGGCGUCCAAUUCAAGAUGUUAUACAGACUGAUGCAGCCAUAAACCCUGGUAACAGUGGUGGGCCACUUCUUGAUAGUUCCGGAAGCUUGAUUGGGAUAAAUACUGCUAUAUAUUCUCCAUCGGGUGCAUCCUCUGGUGUUGGAUUUUCAAUUCCAGUUGAUACUGUCAGUGGAAUUGUUGACCAGUUGGUGAAGUAUGGGAAAGUUACUAGACCCAUUUUAGGAAUCAAGUUUGCACCUGAUCAAUCUGUCGAGCAGCUUGGGGUUAGUGGGGUUCUUGUUUUGGAUGCACCCCCAAAUGGUCCAGCUGGCAAAGCGGGUCUUCAACCAACUAAAAGAGAUACCUACGGCAGACUUAUUUUGGGGGAUAUCAUUACAUCUGUGAAUGGGAAAAAGGUUACUAAUGGGACCGACUUGUACAGAAUCCUUGACCAAUGUAAAGUGGGAGAUCAGGUGAUUGUGGAAGUACUGCGUGGUGACCACAAAGAGAAAAUACCUGUAACCCUUGAACCCAAGCCUGAUGAAUCGUAGUACAUUUUGCAAGCAGGAUUUCAUAUUGACAACAGGGAUGUUUGAUAAAUUAUGUUGUAAUAUAUGUAUAGAUGCAUUUAUCAAGGAAGCGCCUAUUCAUUCCUAUUGUGUACUUAA